UCCGUUAGCACUGCGAUCGGCCUUAAUAUUCAAGAAAAUGACUCAAGAUUAAAUUUUAAUUUAAAUCGAGUUAAUGAAAAAGAAUUUAGUCAUAAUUUAUGUUUGGAGCAUAAACGUCUAGUUAAUAAAGCAAAGAAUACAAAAAAAAUACCGAAAUUUCCAAAGUU